AUGAGUGAAGUCUCUGGUGAACCUAGGAAGCUUGAUAUUCCACCGAAUAUACAACUGGAACUUGAGGUUUUCGACAACGAGGGGCGAAAUUUGGUGAAAGCAGUGCCGAGUCGAAGUUAUGAAUCAUCCGCAGGGUCUUCAACAGACUCGUUAAAUCUACUUUUAGAACAGCAACGACAAAAACAGCUGAACCAUCCAAUGCAUCAAAAUCACAUCUCAUUACCGGCGCGUCCAAGUCUCUCGCGGGUGAAAGAAACGAAUAAAAUUAGUUUGGAAUAUGAUCCCAUAUCGAAACGGAAGGUGCUAAAUACCUAUGAAAUCAUCAGGGAAUUAGGGCAUGGACAGCAUGGGAAAGUUAAAUUGGCAAAGGAUUUGGUCACUAAACAAUUGGUCGCGAUUAAAAUCGUCGAUCGUCAUGGAGGUAAGCGGAAUCGGUUCACAUUCAAAAAAAAUACUGACGAUAACAAAAUCAAACGGGAAAUUGCCAUUAUGAAGAAAUGUCAUCAUGAACACGUUGUUAAACUUAUCGAAGUGCUGGAUGAUUUGACAUCUCGCAAAAUUUAUCUCGUCUUGGAAUAUUGUGCCAAGGGCGAGGUGAAAUGGUGUCAUGGAGACCAAAUGGAGACAGAGGCAAGAGGUCCACCUCUUUUGACCUUUCAACGUACUCGUGAAAUUUUUAGAGGUGUCGUCUUGGGUCUCGAGUACUUGCAUUAUCAAGGUAUUAUACAUCGCGAUAUAAAACCCGCGAAUUUACUCAUUUCAGAAGACGGAGUAGUCAAGAUAUCAGAUUUUGGCGUUUCACUUGCUGCGAGCACAGGCGAAGGUGGUAAUGAGAAUAUAGAUGAAUUGGAGCUGGCCAAAACUGCGGGGACUCCUGCUUUCUUUGCUCCCGAAAUAUGUCUUGGCCAUGAGGCUGCUGAUAAGUUCCCACCUCCCAAAAAUCAAACCAAACAAGAUGAAUCUAUUAUUUCAUUCAAAAUAGAUAUUUGGGCUCUAGGAGUUACACUCCAUUGCUUGCUGUUUGGCAUGUUACCAUUUAUCUCGGACUUUGAAUUGGACUUAUUCAUGAAAAUAAUAAACGAACCGCUCGAGUUCAAAUCCUUCCAUGAGAUGAAUUCUAACGAUGUUUCCAAAAUUUCUAGUGCUAAGGAAUACAAUUUUGCUAAAGAUUUGCUAACACAACUUUUGGUGAAAAACCCUUACGAGAGGAUGUCAAUACCCGAAAUUAAGAGCCACCCAUUUGUCCGCUGGGAUUUUGACCACCAUAAAGAAGAUACUCGACUAACGACAUCUAGGGAAAACGAGCAGAGGAUUUUUGAAACUACAUUGGGUCGCGACUACAAACAAAUAUCUAUCUCUCCGCAUGAACUCAAUAAUGCCGUGUGUGGGAUAGGCAACAAAGUAGGUCGCUCUUUCGUUGACGAAGUAGGCCUUGGAAAGAACUUCCGAGGUCUAAAUCUAAACCCACAUAAAUUUUGUUCAAAAAGCAAUAAUCUUGAUGACAGCACUGGGGUACUUGAAGAUACGCAGCCAGGAAAUGGGGACAGGGCUGGUAUUGACAGGUGCAACAGCAGCAGUGGUCAAUUCAUUUUAAGCGAAAGCCCCAUCGUGAACUCGAAAGGUCAAUAUGAAAUUUCUCCUGAGCUCAGCGCUCGAGAAAUUUUUCAACAGGAGCUUGAGAAGUUCGAUAAGAAAAGAGACCCGGACUCUAUAGUCUCUCUGCCGGUGAAUUCAUCCUUUGCAUCUUUGGAUAGCCUUUACAUUGACUCAUAUGCGGGAUUCAAGGGAAAGUCGGAGCAGCAAAUAUCUCCUGAAAUGCCUUCUAGCUACGGUAGAAAUGGCGCCUUUGCUAGACAACCAAUGCUAGCACACAAUUCAGAUAGACGAAUGAAUUCCAAAAUAAAUGCAAACAAGACAUUUGGUCAAAACAGGAGAGUCAUCUCUCCAGCAAAUCUCAACUAUGGGACCUUGUCGCUUAAUUCUAGAAUUUCAGACCGCAGACCACAUAACGCUUCCGCGUUGCCUCUAAUAGAAAAUCAGCACAAAGACGAUGGUAGUGAAGCUUCGUUUGGUGCCAAGGGUGCUAAUUCUGGAAUGAAGUUCCCUGUAGACUGCGGCGAAGAAAGGGCGCCUUCGGAUCAACAUCCAGAAGUAUUGGCUAAUAUUACAUCCCAUGAGAAGGAUUCCCUUGGAAAGUAUUCUCCAGAACACAAAGGGAGAGCUCAAGAGAGAGUUGGCGGUGGCUUAGCCAAACGCGAUCAGACCAUGCAUGAAGUCCAAAAGCAAUCAGACAGCAGAGAAGGUUCAAGCAGUUGUUAUGAUGAGAUAUCAUCGAGGUCAGUAAUGACAGAAUCGUCAGACAGCCGUUUUUCUGGCAGUUCUUGCUCAGAUGCGGAUUCGCUACCCUUUGAGUUUGGAGUUGAUUCUGAGCAUGGAAGUGUUCUUUCAAUUAGGGAUUUCGAGUUACCGGGAUUUGCGCGGCCAUCAUUUUCAAGAACGUCAUCUAGUCAAAGUGAGGAGGAUUUAGACGAUGAACUGGUUUUGAAUGUCGGCAAUAACGGUCAUUUUCGAAGGCAAGGAUCAAGCUCAAGUGCUUGCAGUUCAAAUAGAACCAAUAGAUCGAAAGUUGCAAAUGCAAGACGAGCCCACAUUCCAGAUAUGAAGCCAAAUACUAUUGCCGCCGAUGCUUCAGGGGUCACAUUCAAUCCGUCGUAUACAAACAGCUCCUCUACCCUGACUCCCAUCUUUCAAAAAGCAGAGAGCAGAUCGACUAUCAAUGGCUCUGUGUUGGGCUCUUCAAACUUAUAUUUGAAUGAUAAAAUCGACGCUGGCGUUGAUGUGCCAGAGGAUGUCCUGAAUCUGAUUCCUGAAGCAAAUGGACAUCAGAAUUCGCACACUUCAUUGACGGUUAAUCCAGGAAAUAGUUUCUGUGGCCCCACAGGCUGGCAGAGUCCCUCUAGACUGAGUAAAUCGCCGAAGGCCGAGCCUUUCAUGUUAUCCUCCAGCAGAGUCAUGACUCCGACCUUAUCGACAAACCCAAGCCAAGUUGUGAAUGUAAAUUUAGGAAGAGACUCACACGUCACUUCGAAAAAUCUUCUUAAGAGUGUCCUGACAUCAGCUGGUUCUAGCAGAAGAACAUCAGUUGCUGUUCCGCAGAGGUAUCCCGAAAGCAGAGCGACAGGUACGAACUUCUAUGUCAACCAUUAUGACGACGGCGCUUUUAUUAAACAUGAAUCCUCAAGUCCACGCGUCUCAAGAAAAGAAGACCGAGACAGAGAUUACGGGGGCCGCUAUAGAUCUAAAUCUGUAAGUGUGGGUCUACUAAAGGAUGACCGCUCAAAAUCUGGAUCCCCAUAG